AUGUCGAGCAUUGCAUGUGCAGUUUCUUUAACUUUUUUUUCCAACAGGAGCAGCAAAGAUUCAAGAAACUUUCAUCGGCAUAACAGCAUUAGAUCCUCGGGAAGACAUGAGAAGAUCAAAUCAAUGGCAUCUCAAACUCCAACAGUUUCUUCUCCAAAGAGAGAAACAGAUCCGAAGAAAAGGAUAGUGAUAACUGGAAUGGGGCUUGUUUCUGUUUUUGGAAGUGACAUUGAUGUUUACUACAACAAAUUGCUUGCUGGAGAGAGCGCCAUUUCUCUCAUCGACAGAUUUGAUACGUCAGAUUUCACUGUUAAGAUUGCGGGCCAGAUACGCGGCUUCUCUUCGGAGGGAUACAUCAACGGGAAGGAUGAUCGCCGUCUCGAUGAUUGCUGGAGAUAUAGUUUGGUUGCCGGAAAAAGGGCACUUGAUGAUGCUGCUCUUGGGGAACAAGUUGUUGACACUAUGGACAAGACGAGAAUUGGAGUGUUGGUGGGAUCAGGGAUGGGAAACCAGACAGCUUUCACCAAUGGAGUUGAAGCCUUACUCCAAAAGGGGAAUAAGAAAAUAAGUCCAUUUUUCACUCCAUAUUCUUUAUCUAACAUGGGCUCUGCCUUGUUGGCUAUGGACACCGGUUUGACGGGGCCCACCUACUCCAUCGCAGCCGCCUGCGCCACUGCAAACUACUGCAUCCACGCCGCCGCAAACCACAUCAGACGAGGCGACGCAGACGUCAUGGUGGCCGGUGGGACCGAUGCUGCAGUCGUGCCACUCGGACUCGGAGGUUGCAUAUCCUGCAGAGCCUUGUCCCACAGAAACCACGACCCACACAAGGCGUCGCGGCCGUGGGACCUACACCGCGACGGAUUUGUCAUGGGAGAAGGUGCUGGUGUUUUGGUCAUGGAGAGCAUGGAGCACGCGAUGAAAAGAGGGGUUAGGGUUUACGCGGAGUAUUUGGGAGGUGCGGCUACCUGUGAUGCUCAUCACUUGACGAAUCCACGCCCUGAUGGGCUUUUCGUCGCGUCUUGCAUAAGCAAGGCUUUGAAAGAUGCCGGAGUGUCUGCUGAAGAGGUUAAUUAUAUAAAUGCUCAUGCAACAUCAACUCCAGCUGGAGAUCUUGCUGAGGUUAGAGCCAUCAAUAGAGUAUUCAAAAACACCCCUAACUUGAAGAUGAAUGCCACCAAGUCAAUGAUCGGACAUGGACUUGGAGCUGCUGGUGGGCUGGAAGCAAUAGCGACUAUUAAAGCAAUUAACACUGGCUGGUUACAUCCCACACUUAACCAAGAUGAGUUGGAGGCUGAAGUCACCAUUGACACUGUCCCAUAUGUGAAGAAGCAACAUAAAGUAAACGUUGCUAUAUCCAACUCAUUUGGAUUUGGAGGCCACAAUUCAGUUGUUGUCUUCGCACCAUUCAACUCUUAAAAUGUCGUCACAUUUUUAAUUGGUGUAUGAACUUUCGAACGUAUUGAAAAGUUGAAUUUCCAUUCACAAAUAGUAUAGUUUUAUGUUUGGAAGUAUUAUACGAUACUUCCUUUUUUUUGAGAGAUUAAUAGUAGAUUAUUCCAUUUUCAUUGGAUACUAAUUAACAACUAUGGAU